AUGUCGAUCGGAGCGGAGAAGCACGUGUCGGAGCACAGGCCGCUGCUGCCGACCACGUCGUCGGACGUCAAGACAGAGGACCAGCCGCACAAGCUUCUAGGCAUCUCAUGCGUUGCCCUGUCGGCUGUGUGCUUCAGUCUCAUGUCCACAAUGCUGAAGUUCAACACGUAUACCAUGACGUCCAUCGAGGCCAUUUUCUGGCGCUCGAUUGUCGCUAUGGUACUCAACUAUGCGUGCAUCUGGUACAGUGGUAAGUCUCUGUACAUUGCUCCGGAAGACCGGAUGAUGCUGUUCUACCGCUGCUUGGCCGGCUUUUCGUCCAUUUCGUUCGCAUUCUACGCCGUCUCUCAAAUGGUGCUCGCUGACGCGAGUACAGUCGUCUUCACGUCACCUGUUUUCACCUUUUUCCUGGGAGCAUGCGUUCUUCACGAACGAAUCGAUAUUCCCAGCUUUGCGUGUGCGCUACUGUCGUUCGGCGGCUUACUCUGCGUCGUUCGUCCUGCCUUCAUCUUUGGCAAUGACCAUGAUACAGCGCACUCGGAUGGCUCGUGGAUUGCUAUUGGCUCAGCGCUGCUUGGUGCCAUUGGUCAGGCGUUCGUGUUCAUUUCGGUGCGGAAGCUCAAGGGCAUCCACUUUAUGGUCAUCGUCCACUAUUUCAUGCUCUUCAGCUUGAUUGGAACGCUCUUGUACAUGGUACUGGUGCAACGGGUAUUCGUGGUUCCUUCAACCACGGGAGUCUGGCUGGCUAUCGUUGGUAGUGGCUUGUUCACGUUCGUGGCUUGA